AAAGUGGCCGGUAAGUGUAUAUUAUAUAUUAGAACAACCUUUUAUUUUAUUAAUCUUUGCCCAGCUCUAAUAAAAAUAAUGAAUCCAAAGCUCUGAUCUAUUUUAUCUUACAGAGUCUCGCCCUAAUUAUAUUAAGGAUUUUUAUAGUAUUGUUUACAUAUUUUUAAUGAAGUGACGCCACGCAAAAGCGCCACCUGCCGCCCCCGCGAGACUGUUGUCAUGGUUCCCAGUGUCGCGGGCAGAAUGGCGCCCUUCAAUGAGCGCUAAAACACCCGGGAAGAAGCCGUUUACAAGCCAUAAUUCAGCAGACAACACUGCAGUCCCAAAACACAGCCCGACAUGACGCUGAUAAUGUGCGCAAACCCUCCAGUUUAACAACAGAGAGCUUCCAGAACGGCACAGAAAUGUCUUCUCCUUCACCUUCUUCUACGCUGAGUGACUCUGGCUUUGAAGACGAGCUCCUCUGUUCUCCAGUCAGGUGUGCAUCAGACUCACAGGUGUGUGAUUAUGAAGACUCGGAGACCUGCUUCAUCAUCCAGAGACUCAAUCAACAGCAGUUUCUGGCGCUCAACUGCCUCUCAAGACAACCGCAGAUUACAGCAGAGGCUCGCAGUAAGCUGGUCAGCUGGCUGAUCGCUGUGCGCAGACAGCUCAGUCUGUCGUUUGAGUCCUGCUGUCUGGCUGUGAACAUCAUGGACCGCUUCUUGAUCACUACAUCAGUAGCUGCAGACUGUUUCCAGUUACUGGGAGUGACGUCUUUACUCAUCGCCACUAAACAGGUUGAAGUGUAUUCUCCACGCAUCACCCAGCUUCUGUCGCUCUGCUGCAAUUCGUUUUCCCGAGAACAGCUCUGUAAUCUCGAGUGCCUGAUUCUUCUCAGACUCAAUUUCAGACUGGCUGCGCCCACGCUUGCUUUCUUCCUGGACUACUUCACCAGUCGCUUUACUGGACACCAGACUGGCGAAUUCAUCAGCGCGCAGAAUGCGCAUCUACAUAAAGAGCCCAGUUCUGCUGAGAACAAGUGGAGAUGGUUGGCCUGCAAAGUCUGUGAACUGAGUCUGGCCGACUACACGUUCAACAAAUACAUGCCUUCGGUGAUCGCGCAGUGUGCGUUAAAACUAGCCAAAGACCUGCUGAAGACACAAUCAGUGCAAAACUCAGAGGAUAACACUGGAGCAAGCAAGAUGUUAUGCUGUGAAGAAGAGGCACCGCUUACCUGCGAAAAUCAGCUUUUGUUUCAGCAGUGCAUGGAGGAUCUGAAACUGUUGGUUUCUCUUAAUCAAGAAGCAGUCCAGGACACCCGAUGAAUGAAGCAUGAUUAUUUUUGAUAACACUUUUUAGUAUUAGUUACUCUGUUUACUAACAUGAACAAUGAACAAUAUAUUUAGUAUUUGUUCAUGUUAGGGGGUGACACGGUGGCUCAGUGGUUAGCACUGUCGCCUCACAGCAAGAAGGUCGCUUGUUCAAGCCCCGGCUGGGCCAGUGGCGUUUCUGUGUGGGGAAAAAAAUCCCUCCAAAUUUCACGAUACAGGACUCUGCAGUCCUUCACUGACUCGAUAGGUGCAGAUAAUAGUGUCAAACAACUGUGUGUAUGGAAAAUCCUGUCGCAAAAUGCGGCAAAAAUUCUACGCGAUUGUAAUAGUGAUUAAGAUACCUAAGCUGCACUUCAAUAAUCUCACUGAAAUCGGCUCAAUCCAAGCAUCUUAAUAUGAUUUUUGUUUAGUUCGAUUAUGACUUUAGUCAGAUUAAGGUCAUUAAAAAUGGCUGUUUACAUGCUAGACUCAU